CAGUUGAUAUAUUACGUUUUUCAUCGAGAGAAGUGUGUAUGUGUUGGUGAAUUGAAAAAGGCCCAUAUAUGGUAAGGCUUGGUUUGGUUUCCUGUUUCGUCGACUUAGUCUUUGGAAAAAUCCAAGACUCAGAUACUAAUAAAUCUCUGAAGAAAAUAAAUAAAUAAAAACGUUGACGGGUCUCUGGCGAAGACUUGUAGUUUUCAUAAUUAUAAUUGAUUAUCCCUUUCAUUUGCUUUGCUUUCACGAUUCACACCCAACAUCUUUCAUUGGUGGAUUGCUUCUUUUUUUGUUUUACUCAAUUCAAAUCCCCUUACCCCUUCUCCUACAGAUUAUGCUACUUUUUCACCUCCAUUCAUACAGAUUCAGAAUUCCAUUAAACGCUUCCGUUUUCUUCAUCCAUUAGCCACUAAUCUCAUUGCUCUAAGGACUUCCUUCUGUUCCAAUUUAUUCCUUCUCUAGGACACUCUUCUAAUGAGAACAGAUAUUGGUGACGGGGACACGUUACAAAAUCUCCUCUCCUUCAAGGUGCAUAGUAAAAUUUGCUUAGAACUGAAGAAAUUAGUGGAUAGAAUCUCAAGAAUAUUUCCAGACAUAGAAGCGGCACGGCCACGAUGCUCAUCAGGAAUAGAGUCUCUGUGUUUGCUGAACAAUGCAAUUGCUAAAGCCAAACUACUACUGCAACAUUGCUCAGAAUGCAGCAAACUCUACCUGGCUGUGACAGGGGAUACAAUACUCUCAAGAUGCCUAAAGGCAACAAGAUCAUUAGAGAAAAGCUUGAUCCAAAUUCAGAAUAUGGUUCCUUUUACGUUGGCUGUAGAGGUUUCUUACAUAAUUGAUGAACUUGAGAGUACAACAUUUGUUCUGGACCCUGAUGAAGAAGAGGCUGGGAGGGUUGUGAGAGAGUUGCUUACUUUGACCAAAGAUUCAAUUGAUGAUUCUGAAGCUAGAGCUCUUCAGUUUGUAGCACCUCGACUGAAUAUAACAUCCCAGAAGGCAAUCUUAACAGAGCAAAGAUCCAUUAAAAAUUUACUAGAUAAAAUUGGACCAACUGACCUCACAAAGAAGAAGAUACUCAGAUACCUUCUGCAUCUACUGAAAAAGCAUGGAAAACUCAUGGUGGGAGAACGGGUGGAGGUCUAUUCUCGUUCUGAAGAUCAAGUUACAACAGAAAACUCUAGUCAAGAGUCUCUAAGAAGCCAUCUUGUUGAAUCAGACCCAACCUUGAACUAUGAUCAGUAUAGAACUCACACAAGUGAGUUGGGUGGAGUUACACUCCCUGAGGAAUUUAAGUGCCCAAUAUCCUCAAGGUUGAUGUAUGAUCCUGUUAUCAUUGAUUCAGGAGUAACAUAUGAAAGGAUGUGGAUAAAAAAGUGGUUUGAUGAGGGUAAUGACAUAUGCCCCAAAACCAGAAAGAAACUAGUCCAUAUGGCCUUGACUCCAAACAUGAACAUGAAGGGCUUAAUAUCAAAGUGGUGCAUAGAUAACGCAGUCUCCGUUCCAGACCCUAGCAGGCUAGCUGAGGAUAUUCGCUCUUGGGAAGCUUCAAACACUUCCAUCAAUAGUUUAGGAAGUUAUUUCAAUGAUUUCAACUCGCCAGUGGAUCUUACUAACAUGUCACUUGGGUCAUUGGAUACUAGUUUUGGUUCAGAUGGCUCACAUGGUAAGAGCACUCGUGGCUCAAAUUUGAUGUCGAUCAAGACCAGUGACAAUUCUCUCAAACAUCGAGCUCAUACAGAGAUACAUGAUACUGAUUUGAUGCUCUUGCCUCAGCUCUGUGAUCUUCAGUGGGAUUCUCAAUGCAAGGUCAUUCAAGAUCUGAAGGAUCAUUUGAAAAGCAAUAGCCAAGCUUUUGUUUCUGUAUCAGCAGAGAAUUUCAUUGAACCACUUGUCAGAUUUUUGAGCAAUGCAUAUGAUCUUGGUGACGUUAGGGCGCUGAGAGGUGGAACUCAGCUUCUGUUGGAAUUUGUCAACAACUGCAGAAAUGGUAAGACUAAUUUGAAUGAAGAUACGUUCAUCAUGUUGGCAAGAUUUCUUGAUUCAGAAGUGAUAGGAGAAACUCUUGCCAUAAUGGAAGAACUGUCAGGAUAUGGUUUUAGUAAAGCUAAAAUUGCAGCAUCCAGUGCUCUCACUUCUAUUUUAAACACACUUAAUUCUGAUAACAAAGGUUUCCAACAACAAGCUAUUAGAAUACUGUACAAUUUGUCCUUCAGUGGUGAAGUUUGUCUCCGCAUGCUAUCUCUCGAGUGCAUCCCAAAAUUGCUGUCAUUUUUCAAAGACAGGACCCUUUUGAGAUACUCCAUAUAUAUAUUGAAAAAUCUUUGUGAUACCGAAGAGGGUAGGAAUGCUGUUGCUGAUACAAAGGGAUGCAUAUCUUCAGUUGCGGAAAUACUUGAAACAGGCAAUAAUGAGGAACAAGAACAUGCACUGGCUGUUCUAGUUUCUUUAUGCUCUCAACACGUGGAUUAUUGUAAGUUGGUAAUGGAUGGGGAUAUCAAUAUCAUUACUCUUUGCUACAUCUCCCAGAAUGGAAAUGAUAAAGGAAAAGAAAGUGCAUCAGAAUUGCUCAAUCUUUUGGGAGAUGUUAAGAAUGUUGUUGAGAAUGAAGAUUGCCCUGAACCAAAUAUCAACAACACUUCUCGAGAUUCCAACAGUCGCACUGAAGAAAAUAAACCGUCAAAGAGAUCGUUUCUGAAGAAACUACCAUUGUUCUCAAAGUCUAGCUCACAUGCACCAAAAACCAAAAGAUGAGUUCCAUGUGCGGGGUUUUGCCUUUCUAGCACUUAUUUGCGGCUUUUUUAGCUUUAAAGAUUCAUUCCCAAAGCAUCUGCUACUUAAUUUUGUACUGUAACAGCAGGUAGUAUGAUGAUGUAUAGUUGUGCUUAUUAUGAUGCAUUAUUCUUUUUGAGAUUUAGGACUUGUUAAUUGUUAAGAUAGUAGACAUACUAGAGAGACCAAUUACACAUUUCUUUUUUUAUUGUUAUUGUGUAUAUAUAAAUAUUUAAUACUCGGUACUUUUGAGUACUGCUGUAAAAUAGAUGUUAGUGUAGUGAAGGUUUUGGUAAUAUUUUAACCCUUUUUUCUUUGUUUAA